CAAAGCUGUAUACACGGUAGUAGUUAGUAGUGUGCAUGUGUGCGGUGUCUCUACGCGUUGCUGCCGCCUGCCUCUGUCCGAUCCGCACAUGCUGCUUUAUAACAGUAUCUUACUAGUAAUUGGCUAGCAAUUACGUAGUAGGUCAUUCGGCCGGGAACGCAGGGACAAAAUAUAGCCGGUAUUUUAACUGAGGAUAGACCUACCGUGGAUGGAGAGCUCUUUACAGUCCACUGUGAGAGAACACACUUGAAGUUAUGCAGAUAUGACGGCUCUGGAUUUUUCCUCGAUAUCUGUCAAUGUUUACGUUUUCAUUUCUACUAUAGCGAGUGAUUUUUAAGCUUUGCUUUUUUAUUUAACAUCGCUUCACAUCUUACUACAGGUCGAGGCCUUUCGGAAUAAAGAUCUACUUCGACCUAAAACACGGAACAUCUCGACUCUACUGAACAGUGGGUUUCCCAUUGGACACUUCGUGCCAAAUAACCAAUCAAGCUGCGUUGCUCAUUGCUCCAGCCGGGACUUCGUCUCUCUUCACAGUCAGCCAAAGACUACUCCAGUCAAGUUACGUUGGCUCACAGCUGGACAGUGUGAUUUGUAAUCUGGAGUCAGCCGAGCCAGCUAGCCGCCGUGGUGUUGAGCUGGCCUAGGCAAGCAGCAGAGAGAGAGAGAGAGGAGAAAGACCGGCAGUUUCCUAUCUCAGUCAGCCCGUGCCGUGACGGUACCGGCCGGCACUAAGAAACCCCCACACAUCACUGAACUCAAUGCCUGGACUUUCCUUUCGCAUGAAGCAAGCAGAGUUACCCUCCACCCUUCCAGCCAUGGCCUACGCACCGAUGCUACCCCCUCGUCUCAGCGACUUCUCCGUGAAUUCUUUGCUGACACAGCCUCACUUCUUCCCGGGGGUGUUCCGAGGACCUAACCUGACCGGGGCUACCGCGGCCGGGAGCAUGACGGCCGGGUUCCACUUGCCUAAACUCGGCGACCUGCACAACCCGUACACGGCGCUGCAGGCGGACUUACUCGCUGCGCACAACCACCGGCACACCAUGCAGCAGAUUCACGGCAUCGAGGCCCAGGAAAACGACACAGACGACCCACAGGUUACACUGGAAUCCAAGGAACUCUGGGAUCAAUUCCACAAACGAGGAACAGAGAUGGUCAUCACCAAAUCCGGACGGCGGAUGUUCCCCUCAUUCAAAGUAAGGGUUUCUGGCCUGGACAAGAAAGCCAAGUACAUCCUCCUGAUGGACAUCGUGGCCGCCGACGACUGCCGUUACAAGUUCCACAAUUCCCGCUGGAUGGUUGCCGGUAAAGCCGACCCUGAGAUGCCCAAGAGAAUGUACAUUCACCCGGACUCGCCCAGCACUGGAGAGCAAUGGAUGCAGAAGACAGUCUCGUUCCACAAGCUCAAACUCACCAAUAACAUCUCUGACAAGCAUGGCUUCCAGACGAUUUUAAACUCGAUGCAUAAAUAUCAACCUCGCUUUCACAUCGUCAAGGCAAACGACAUCUUGAAGCUGCCGUGGAGUCAUUUCCGCACAUUCGUCUUUCGAGAGACGGACUUUAUUGCAGUCACUGCUUAUCAAAACGAAAAGGUCACACAACUGAAAAUCGACAAUAAUCCAUUCGCCAAGGGCUUCAGGGACCAGGCAACGGGCAAACGAGAAAAAAGAAAAUAUCCGUCGGCUAACUACGAUCUUGACCACAGGGAUCCCGAUGACGUAGCAAGCGACCCGGAACCCGAGGCUGGCGAAGUCAGCACGACGAGUUCCGAGAAACACGAAGAUAAAAUUAUUUCACACCACGAUCGGGACGUAGCCUCCAGGCUAGCCGCCGACCACGAAGAGGUGACCGAGAUCCUACGCCGUAGGGCCGAACACGAGAGGCGGUCUCAUCAUGAAACCAAGCUGGAGGAUGUUGAGAUGCGAGAUGUGAGCCGAGAGAAGAUGCCUUCCUUAGGGGAGAGGCAUCACCAUCAUCACGACGACGGCAGCAAAUCGGACUCUGAUGAGCGCACGAGUAGGAAACAGGAGAACAGAGACUCAACUUCUGAGAAGAGUGAUUUAUCCCAGAAAAGCAGCAGCGGCUCGCCCGCCUCUGUCAUGAACCCGUUCCACGCGGCGGCCACCGGGCACAGCUCACACCCUCCGGUGGUCACCCCCGUGUACCCGACCCCGCACCCGUUUUUCCUGCACCCGCAGAUGGCUCUACCGGGUAGUGUGGCGAACCUAGGAGCAAUGUCGCACAUGAUUCCUUUUGUACCGCCGUCGUCUGGCUCCUACUCACCCUCAACUCAUCACUGUCUGGACGCUCAUUCAGCGUUUGCGCUGACCGCUCAUCAGAGCCUUCUAGCUUCUCAGUCUGGUCUUGCCGCGUCUGGUUUCGGACUCUACUCAGACCCGUCGGCAUUGAGCCAGGCCUAUGCAAGCAAUGCAUGCACCGGUGCAAUAUUCAGCGGUCACCCGCGCUUCAGGUUUUCGCCGUACGCCUUGCCGGCUACCAGCACAACGAUGGUCACAACAGCGAGUCCAUUGGCAAGUACGCUACCCUAUGAGAACUCUCUUCAUUCGUCGAGUUUGCUUGGACACUCGACGACGUCGCCAACGAUCAGCGUCACGAAGAACGCCACGAGUCCCGUAGCCUCCGUUGUUAGUUCAGCCGCCAGUGAGCUUCAAAAUAUUCAAAGAAUGGUCAGCGGGCUUGAGAAGGAGCCUAAGUGACGCAUGAACAUUUUAAUAUGAUGUCAUCAUCUCCUUAAUUUAAAGAAUAGAUUAUAAUUAUUAUGAACUUUUGAAGAAAAAAAGGUAAACGAAAAUUCGCACCAAGAUAUUUAAAAUGAUGAACUUAAAAAAAGAGAUGGUAACGCCACCAUAAACCAACACUUUAUAACGUGUAGAUGCUGUCUGGACAUGUAUUUUUCUUAACCUCUGAAAUACCGCCCUCGCUAUUGUUCAGUAAGUAAAACAAAAAAAUCGUUUCAAUUACAAAAUGUUACCGAUUGAUGUGGGCCAAUAUUGAUCAAAAAACUAAAUAUUGUCAGGAAUUUUGAUUUCUGUAGAGGUGCUAGUUCACAAUACGUCGACCCAUCACAAAGACAUGGCGACAAAAUAAUUGUGGUGUUGUUUUUUACCAUUCUUCUAGCAAUCUGUAAUUUUGUGGUGCAUUAUUGUAAACACUUUAUGUCAGGGUUUCAUGCAACUUGAUUGAUUACCAAAAGUCUCAAUCGAGAUGCGAGCUUUUUCAUGUAGAUGUUUGUCACAAAAAUAACCAUGUUUGUUCAGCUUAGAAAAAAACAAAAAUCAAUUUCGUUUUUAAUGUUUUCGUUACCAAGUUUGUCCUCGUCCCCCCGUGUUUAGUUCCAAGCCUUGAUUUUGUGUGUGUCGAUCCCGUGUUAUAAGAGGCGACAUCAAACCCCACCAUUCGAGGGGGUGAUUCGUUUUAAUUCCGAGAGAUCAUGUAAAAUCGAUGGCUGUAGCUGUGACAUUAAGAAGGGUUGGAAGGGGGGGGGGUCCUGACAGACAGAGUAAGUCUGAGAUAAAUUUGCACAGUCGCCGAAUUAUCGACAUGGGUUUGUUACACGAUCAGCAAAGCGUAUCGGAUCGCUUAUAUCCUGGGACUCUGCCUCGUCAGUCUACGAACAUUUUCUCAUCCUCGAUCUCUGGGUCAGAAAUCUCUUCAUUUUGUGGGGUUUAGAAUCGAUAUAUUAUGUUUAUAUUUCAUGGAAUGGGAUGAAGUGGGGUUUAAAACUAGGUGUAGAGAUUGAAUUUCAUAUUUUUGAGGGCGGUGUGUUUAAAUUCUGCUGUACGCACGCGCACUGAAGUCAAAUUUUGUCGCCAUUAGGUUUGUGCCUUUCUACAAAACAAAAGAAAAAGAAAUGUGCACUCUAUCCAAUAUAGCGUCAAAAAUAUAAUUGGUCACAUCAAGAGGGAGAAAAUUCUUCCUUUUGUCGUCCAUAAUUUGUGGGUACCAUCCAAAUUCAUGUACAGUGGUAACAACAAAUGUGAUCUGACUAUUAAAAAAAUACCCUCGUCCAAAGGAAAAAUAAUUUACGGGUGUGUGUUUUGUGGCAGGGUAAUUUUUACUUUGUGGGUUCAACUAUGUCUCAAACUACCUUGGAGUUGUGUUGAGAUAGUCGAAUUCUUAGCAGAUUCAACCCACUAGCUUUUGAAUCAAUGGUGAAGUUAAUAAGUGCAGUCCGGCUAUCUAUAGUUACCAUCUGGCCAGAACAGAUCAGAUUCUUCUCUUACUAAACACCAGUCUGUGUUCAGAUGUAAUGAUCAAAUUGAUUGAAAAGUUCCAAAUCUUCUGGGAUUUGAUGAAUCAAGUUUGACUUUUUUGCAAAUUCCAAAUUCUCAUUGAUCACAUUAUUUAAAAACCAUUGUAAACCAUUGGCGAUAUCUCUGUUAUUGUUAUUGUUAUGAAUAUUAUUAUUGUUUCGAGUAGUUGAACAAAAUCGGGUAUUAACUUGUUUUUUAAUCGAACAAUUUUGCAUUAUGCUGCCUUGAUUGUGCCGAAGUCAUAGAUUUUAAUUUAAAAAAAAACAGCAAAAGAUACGUUCAGAGUGGAUUCGUGUUUGAUCAAGUGUACAUACUUUACGGUGUCGAAUAUAUUUAUGUUUUGUAACAUAGAAUACUUGGCAAAUUUUUUGCAAAGUUAAAAAAGAGUUGUUGUACAAUAAGGUUAUUUAUGAAAUAGUUCGUAAUAUAUUAAUACAUUUAAUGUUAAAACAAAAAGCUUAUGUCGUCUAUUCAUGACAAAUUUUAAACUUGGCAAAUUCUUUUUUUUUUUUUACACAUACACAUCAAAACCGGAUGUGACGUCAUCAUGGAAAGAGGUCAUGAACCCAAGUUAAGAUCUGGGUCAGAAUGAUUAAUCCAUAGCAGAUAUAUACGGGUCAAGAGUGGCCACAACUCCUUCCGGGUCACACUGACGAGUUGUUAUGAGUCUGGCGUUUAUCACUUGAUUGUUUUUAUGUAGUUCAUCUGUGUGGCAUGUAUUGUAGAUGAUAUGAAAAUGGGUCAAAUGACCCAAUUCGGCCAGAUGACCCAAUUCGGCCAGAAUGAUCAGAUACAUGUCUGACUACCGAAUUGGGAAAUUUUGCUCAGUUCGGCCAGAUUAUCAUAUCAGGUUUCGGAUGCCGCAAUUGGGCCAUACUCCUCAUUUGGGCCAAGUGCCUUAAUUGGGCCACUUGGCCGUUAUUAUACAACUGCCACAGAUCUGAAUUGUGUUUACUAGCAAGACUGGUGUUGUGAUUCUGGAAUAAGGAAAGAGUCAUAUUCCAAUUCGACUGCACCACACACACACAACAAGGCAAUACAGAAUUACGCAGUUUCUACUAUACAGUCGUCAGUAUUUUCUUUGUUAAUUUGUUCAAUAUUGUCUCUCUGAUGUCAUACCUCGCACAGAGGUCAUUGAUUAAUUUUAAUAGUCAGUAAAUAAUGUUCGUUUUAGUGUACAUUUUGUACUGUAAAAGACAGAACAACCAGAGAAAGCCCCUUUUCCCAUCACAAACGAAGGCUUGUUGAACAUAGUUUAAAGACACUGAACACUAAUGGCAAUUGUCAAAGACCAGUCUCCUCACUUGCUGUAUGACCUCAAAUUCUAA